AUGGUCAAAUUAACUUCAAUCGCCGCUGGUGUCGCCGCCAUUGCCGCUGGUGCCUCCGCUGCAGCAACCACUACACUAUCUCAAUCUGACGAAAGAGUUAAUUUGGUUGAAUUAGGUGUCUAUGUUUCCGAUAUCAGAGCUCAUUUGGCUGAAUACUACUCCUUCCAAGCUGCCCACCCAACUGAAACUUAUCCAGUUGAAAUUGCAGAAGCUGUUUUCAACUACGGUGAUUUCACCACCAUGUUGACUGGUAUUCCCGCCGACCAAGUUACCAGAGUUAUCACUGGUGUUCCAUGGUACUCUAGCAGAUUAAAGCCAGCUAUCUCUAGCGCUCUAUCCGCAGACGGUAUCUACACUAUUGCAAAUUAG